GACGUUUGUGUGUGAUGUGAUAGCAAAUGCAUCAAUAUUGUUUUCAGUUUUGUAAAAUGUGCAAAAUAUAAUUUUUUCAUAAUAUAUAUUGAAUAACUUUCUAGUAAAAUGGAUGAAUUAGUAAAAUUAGAACAUCUUUCUCUUGUGUCUAAAGUUUGUACAGAAUUAGAUAACCACUUAGGAAUAAACGACAAAGACUUGGCUGAGUUUAUUAUUGAUUUAGCAGAUAAGAAUCCAAACUUCGACGGUUUUAAAAAAUCACUUAUUGAAAAUGGAGCAGAAUUUUCUGAUUCCUUUAUGACAAACCUGCUACGUAUUAUACAACAUAUGAAACCAGCAGCCCCUCAAGCUGAAUCAAGUAAAGAAGUAAAUAACUCAAACCCCUUAGCUAAUAAAUUUCCAGGAUUAGCUAUACCUAAUGAAAAACCCCCACACUUUUCCUCUGACGAUGAAAGUGAAAGUGAUGAUAAAAAAAGUAAAAGAAUCACAACUAAAGAUAUUUUUAAAAAUGAAAAUAAAUCUGAUGUUGUGAAAGAUGACAUAGUUGAUCAGGCAAUGGCUGAUUUAGAGGCUUUAGCUCCAUCCAAAUCUACAUCUACAGAUGUGAAAAAGCGCGAGCGUAGUAGAGAUAGAAAAGAAGAAGUGAGUAAGAGAGCAACUUCUAAAGAAAGGCGUAGCAGACGCAGUAGAAGCAGAAAUCGGCGGAGUAGAAGUAGGGACAAAAGGAGUGUUAGUCGUAGUAGAGAUAAGAGGAGUAGAAGUAGAGAUAGGAGAAGUCGAAGUCGUGACAGAAGAAAAAGAUCUAGAAGUCGUCAUCGAAGGUCUAGGUCCAGGGAUAAGCACAGGAGAUCAAGGUCUAGGGGAAGAAGGUCUAAAUCUAGAUCUCGUUCUAGGGGAAGAGAUAGAGAUUACAAGCAAAGAGAUAGGGAUUAUGGUAAAAAACCAAGGAAGAGAAGUCCUGAAGUAGAAUUGAGUGAGGAUCCUGAACCUGGUAAGAUAUACAACGGCAGGGUUGCCAACAUAGUGCCCUUUGGCUGCUUUGUGCAAAUGGAGGGGUUGAAAAAGAGAUGGGAGGGCCUUGUGCAUAUCUCACAGCUGAGAGCAGAAGGGAGGGUUACCAAUGUGUCUGACAUUGUAUCGAGGGGAGAUAAAGUCAAGGUGAAAGUUCUGUCAGUGACUGGUCAGAAAGUAUCACUAACUAUGAAGGAUGUCUGUCAAGAUACAGGAAAAGAUUUGAAUCCUACUUCUCAUGCACAUUUGGAGGCCGAGCGUGAAGGUCGUAAUCCUGAUAGGCCACCGCCAGCUGCUACGGUACUCGCGGGGCUUCAGAAUGGCCUCGACCCCGAUGAGGAUUCCAGCAGAAAACGGGUCACAAGAAUCUCAAGUCCGGAAAGAUGGGAGAUUAAACAGAUGAUUUCAUCAGGAGUAAUAGAUAAGAGUGAGCUACCAGACUUUGAUGAGGAAACUGGCCUCCUCCCAAAAGACGAAGACGGCGAGGCUGAUAUCGAAAUAGAACUGGUUGAAGAUGAACCACCUUUCCUUCAAGGACAUGGUCGAGCGUUACAUGAUCUCUCACCAGUCAGAAUAGUAAAGAAUCCUGAUGGGUCACUUGCCCAAGCGGCUAUGAUGCAAUCUGCGCUAGCGAAAGAAAGAAGGGAACAGAAGAUGCUGCAAAGAGAGCAAGAGAUGGAAAGUGUUCCCACUGGCCUGAAUAAGAACUGGAUCGAUCCGUUGCCAGAGUCUGAUGGGUGGGCUUUAGCAGCCAACAUGCGGGGCACGGGUAUUACCACGCAGGACCUGCCGGAAUGGAAAAAACACGUUAUUGGCGGAAAGAAAUCUUCGUUCGGUAAAAAGACGAAUUUGUCUUUGUUGGAGCAGAGGCAGUCUCUGCCUAUUUAUAAACUGAGGGAUGAGUUGAUCAAGGCUAUAUCGGACAAUCAGAUCCUCAUAGUAAUCGGUGAGACGGGUUCCGGUAAGACGACCCAAAUAACCCAGUACGUAGCGGAGUGUGGGUUGGCGGCUCGAGGCCGUGUUGCGUGUACCCAGCCCAGGAGAGUGGCUGCCAUGUCGGUGGCCAAGAGAGUAGCUGAAGAGUUUGGAUGCAGGCUGGGUCAGGAAGUGGGGUACACCAUCCGGUUCGAAGAUUGCACCUCGCCGGAGACUGUUAUCAAGUACAUGACAGACGGUAUGUUACUCCGCGAAUGUCUCAUGGACCUCGAUCUAAAGAGCUACUCAGUCAUCAUGUUGGACGAGGCCCACGAGCGAACCAUCCACACGGACGUACUGUUCGGUCUCCUCAAGCAAGCCGUCCAGAAACGACCAGAACUCAAACUCAUCGUGACCUCAGCAACGCUCGAUGCCGUCAAAUUCUCGCAAUACUUCUUUGCAGCACCAAUUUUCACGAUUCCAGGAAGAACAUUCCCAGUGGAAGUUUUAUAUACAAAGGAACCGGAAACGGACUAUUUGGACGCGUCCUUGAUAACAGUAAUGCAGAUCCAUUUACGGGAACCCCCCGGGGAUAUUCUUCUCUUCUUGACGGGUCAAGAAGAGAUCGACACGGCCUGCGAGAUUCUUUACGAAAGGAUGAAAUCCCUUGGUCCUGAUGUACCAGAACUGAUCAUAUUGCCCGUGUACUCCGCGCUUCCUUCAGAAAUGCAGACAAGGAUCUUCGAACCAGCUCCACCUGGCUCCAGAAAGGUUGUGAUAGCAACGAACAUAGCAGAGACGUCGCUAACGAUAGACGGCAUUUAUUAUGUAGUCGAUCCAGGGUUCGUGAAGCAGAAGGUAUACAAUUCGAAGACGGGAAUGGACUCGCUUGUCGUUACUCCGAUUUCGCAGGCAGCGGCCAAGCAACGCGCGGGCAGGGCGGGGCGCACGGGACCGGGCAAGUGCUACCGGCUGUACACGGAGCGCGCCUACCGCGACGAGAUGCUGCCCACGCCCGUGCCCGAGAUACAGCGGACCAACCUCGCCACCACUGUGUUGCAACUGAAAACGAUGGGCAUCAAUGACCUGCUUCACUUCGACUUCAUGGACGCUCCUCCGGUGGAGUCUCUCAUCAUGGCGCUGGAACAGUUGCACUCGUUAUCAGCUCUCGACUCUGAGGGUCUGCUCACCAGGCUAGGACGGAGGAUGGCCGAGUUCCCAUUAGAGCCGAAUCUCUCGAAGAUCCUCAUCAUGUCCGUGGCUCUGCAAUGCUCAGACGAGAUCCUGACCAUAGUGUCGAUGCUGAGUGUGCAAAACGUCUUCUACCGACCUAAGGACAAGCAAGCUCUUGCUGACCAGAAGAAAGCCAAGUUCAAUCAGCCGGAAGGAGACCACUUGACCCUCCUUGCGGUUUAUAACAGCUGGAAAAAUAAUAAGUUCUCGAACGCUUGGUGCUAUGAGAACUUCGUGCAGAUUAGGACGCUGAAGCGAGCGCAGGAUGUGAGGAAACAGUUGCUCGGGAUUAUGGAUAGACACAAAUUGGACGUAGUAUCGGCCGGCAAGAACACGGUGCGCGUGCAAAAGACGAUAUGCUCGGGUUUCUUCAGGAACGCGGCGAAGAAGGACCCGCAAGAGGGAUACCGCACACUAGUGGAUAGCCAAGUGGUAUACAUUCACCCGUCUAGUGCGCUGUUUAAUCGGCAACCUGAAUGGGUUAUCUAUCAUGAACUGGUGCAAACUACAAAAGAAUACAUGCGUGAAGUAACGACGAUUGAUCCCAAGUGGCUUGUCGAGUUCGCUCCGGCGUUCUUCAAGUUCUCAGAUCCGACCAAAUUGUCUAAAUUUAAGAAGAACCAACGUCUCGAACCUCUCUACAAUAAGUAUGAAGAACCCAACGCUUGGAGAAUAUCCAGGGUGCGAAGGCGUAGGAAUUAAAAUCUUCUAUUUAUGUUUAAUAAACUAGUUUAUUGUGA